AUGGAUAUCCGCGUACUCAAGCCGUCCGACAUCCCACAUGUCCAAACCGCCAACAUCACCAAUCUGCCCGAAAACUACUUUUGCAAGUACUACCUCUACCAUGCUCUCUCUUGGCCACAGUUGUCUUAUGUUGCUGUCGAUGUCUCACGCCCGCCCAAGACCCCUUAUGAUCCUCCUAAGAUUGUGGGUUACGUGCUCGCGAAGAUGGAAGAGGACCCUGCCGAUGGUAUCCAACAUGGUCACAUCACUAGCUUGAGUGUCAUGCGUACCCACCGCCGUCUGGGUUUGGCCGAGAAGCUGAUGAGGCAGAGCCAGCGUGCCAUGGCCGAGACUUUCGGCGCACACUACGUCUCGCUACACGUGCGUGUGUCCAACAAUGCUGCACUGCGUCUGUACCGCGACACGUUGGGCUUUGUGGUCGACAAGGUUGAAGCCAAGUACUACGCAGACGGUGAGGAUGCGUACAGCAUGCGUAUGGACCUCUCCGACAUCCGCCAGGCAAUGAUCGAUGAAAGCAUUAGUGACGGAGAGGACGAGGGCGAGCCGGUCGGCACUAUGGGCAGCAAGGACGAGGAGGGUGCUGAGAGCAAGGGCGAGAAGAAGAGGAAGGUCAAGGUUGGACGUGGCUUGGGCGUUGGCGACCUAGUGGAAAGGAAUGAGAGUACCCAGGCAGCUUAG